UCAUUUCAUCAGAUUGGCGGGGUCACUAGACUGCAAGUACUAUGGCAUUCUCUGUCCGAUAUGAUCCAGGACAAAUCGACAGAGGUUCCUCGAGCGUGUAUUCUCAGAUAUGAUAGUUUUCCUCAUCUCAUCGGCGAUUUGAGCGAUGUCUACCGAUGUACCAUGGUUUCAAAGUCCCAUGGAAAAAUAGAGGAUCCUUGAUUCAAGCGAAGAAGCGAUAAGAGUAUUGCGCAAGGUACACGGCCACAGCUCACUCUAUUCAGGCUAAUAAUGUUUCAGAGGAUCUAUGGCGAAGUGCGCGUGUGGACAACGUUGCAUCAUAAGAAUAUACUUCGCCUUUUUGGGACGACCUCAGGAUUUGGAUCGCUCCCCGCAUUCGUGACUCCUUGGAUGGAGCGUGGAUCAUUGACGAACUAUCUGUCUAUUGAAUUUUUUAAUCUAAUGGAUGGUGACAAGUUCAUACUCAUUACGACAGCUAUCCAGUAUCUUCACGACAGAAAUGUCAUUCAUGGGAACCUCACUGGGCACAACAUAUUGAUCGAUUCCAAAGGAAAUGCUCACGUAACAGACUUCGGACUGUCGGUGAUCCUUGCAGAAUGCGAUAGCUCGUCGUGCGAAACUUACUACCCGGGUUCUAUACGCUGGGCAGCACCUGAAUUGAUAGAUCUUGCAGAUGAAGAAGCUGGAAAGCCGACUACCCACUCCGACGUUUACUCCCUCGGUUGCGUAAUAUUUCAGGUGCUAUCCGGAAAGCUCCCUUAUGAUUGGCUGGCAGACCCUUUUCAUAUCAUGGCUGCCAGACACAAGGGUAUGCAACCCAUGGCAGGAGACAGUUCAGUUGACAGGCGCCACGUACCCCUUCUUCAAGAAUGCUGGUCAAGGUCAUCUGACAGACCGACUGUUGACCACAUUCUCAGUUAUGUUCAAAGUGCAUUGCCACCGUAGUGAUUGCAGGCAGAUAAUCGCCGCAUGCUCUUUUCGUAUAUCCGUAUUUUUAUUUAGGUAGCACUAGUCGCGCGCUUCUUUUAUAUACCGUUACCAUACAUACACUAGUCUUCUUGAAAAUAUGCAGCCGCGCGCAG